GGCCAUGGACAUUACAAGCACUCAAGCGACGCCUGACUUCAAGUUCCGCCUCUCGGACAAGUUUGUUGCAACCUUUCGCGAAGUUCCACCGCCGUUCGGCUUCAACGGCCUUGGCGAGCUCGUCUACAUGCGCACGUACUCGCGUGAGAAAGAUGAUGGCACCAAAGAGCAAUGGUACGAGACCGUUGCGCGGGUCGUGAACGGGACAUACAGCAUGCAAAAGCGAUGGUUUCUCGAACGCAACUUGGGCUGGGACGAAGCGCGGGCCUAUGCAUCGGCGUGCGAAAUGUACAAACGCAUCUUCAAGAUGCAGUUUCUACCCCCGGGUCGUGGGCUCUGGGCCAUGGGAUCGCCGAUCACGGAGGAGCGCGGUCUCUUUGCCGCCCUCAACAACUGCGCUUUUGUCUCGACCGAGGACAUGGCAACGCGGCCAUCGCCUGCCGAUCCGUUUUGCUUUCUCAUGGACGCAGCAAUGCUCGGCGUUGGCGUCGGCUUCGACACGAAAGGCGCCGGCACCAUACGCGUCCAUCGUCCGCAGCCUGCCAGCAGCGAGCCAUUUGUCGUGCCCGACUCCCGGGAGGGGUGGGUUGCAUCAGUGCGGCUACUGCUCGAGUCCUACUUUUUGAAAAGACCGGCACCGGCGUUUGAUUACUCACUUAUUCGACCCGCUGGAGCGCCUAUCCGUGGUUUUGGCGGCGUGAGUUCGGGUCCUGCCUCGCUCCAGGCGCUUCAUGGGUACCUUCAAAGCACGCUGGACCCACUCGUCGGACAUGCCUUAACCGUGCGGGCCAUUGUCGACGUCAUGAACCACAUUGGCGUUUGCGUCGUCUCAGGCAACGUGCGGCGGACGGCGGAAAUCGCCUUUGGUGACCCUCUGGACGCCGAGUACAUUGCCCUGAAGGACUACACGGCUCACCCGGACCGCGCCGCGUACGGCUGGACAUCCAACAACUCGGUGUUUGCCUCGUUGGGCAUGGACUACGCGCCGAUUUGUCACCACAUCGUCCAGAACGGAGAGCCAGGCUUUGCGUGGCUCGACAACAUGCAGCGAUAUGGCCGAAUGAUUGAUCCGCCGAACGACAAGGACGUGCGCGCGAAAGGCGGCAAUCCUUGCUUGGAGCAAACUCUCGAGUCGUAUGAGCUGUGCUGCCUCGUUGAAACUUUCCCGGCCAAGCACGCGUCUCUCGACGACUUCAAGAAGACCCUUCGCUACGCGUACCUCUACGCCAAGACCGUCACGCUGGGCCAAACACACUGGCCAGCAACAAACCGCGUCAUGCUGCGAAACCGGCGCAUCGGGUGCAGCAUGAGUGGCGUCGCCCAGUUCCUCUCGCACCGUGGCCUACAUGAGCUACAAACGUGGUGCAACGAAGGUUACGAGGCCAUCCAGGCCUACGACAAGCAGUUCUCGGACGCUCUUGCGAUCCCACGCUCGAUCAAGACGACAAGCAUCAAACCCAGUGGCACCGUGAGUCUCCUAGCAGGCGCAACGCCGGGCAUGCACUAUCCCGAGAGUCGAUUCUAUGUGCGCCGAGUGCGCCUCGAUGCCUCGUCGCCACUCGUACCGGCACUUCAAGCAGCGGGGUACCACGUGGAGCCAGCAGCUGAGGCCCCGAAAACCACAGUUGUCGUUUCGUUUCCGAUCGACGUUGGCGAGAACAUCCGCACGCUAUCCGAGGUCUCGGCGUGGGAGCAGCUGUCGCUAGCCGCCUUCUUGCAACGCUACUGGGCGGACAACCAGGUGAGCUGCACGAUCACGUUCGAGCCGCAGCGCGAGGGCCCGGCGCUGGCGCACGCGCUCAACUUCUUCCAGUACCAACUCAAGGGCGUGAGUUUGCUCCCGCAGCUGCCGAGCGGCGCGUACGCCCAAAUGCCGUACGAAGCGAUCUCAAAGGUCGAGUAUGAAGACUUGGUGGCAACAUUGGAGCCACUAGCGUUCAAGGACAUUCGGGGCAUCGGCAAGCCCUCAGAGGUGCCCGAUCGCUUUUGCGAUGCCCCUAGCUGCGACCUCAAGCCAUAAUAACAAUUUACACUCUCAUGCA